GGAGUUUGCGCUCCUGUACGGGCUUGAAGCUGCGGCUGCUGCACUUGUAUCUUCUGAGGGAGAGAGGCCGAGGCCUGGGCCGAGCCCGGAGCCGCCGCUCGCCGGAGCCUCCUGGAGCCCCCGCGCCGGCUCAGCUUGGGGGCGGGCUCCGGUCCGGCCCGCCGCCGCUCCCAGGACAGAGGCUGCAUGCCCGAGGACCAGGCCGGCUCAGCCAUGGAGGAGGCAUCUCCCUAUUCCUUACUUGAUAUCUGCUUGAAUUUCCUGACUACUCACCUCGAGAAGUUCUGUUCAGCAAGACAAGAUGGAACAUUGUGUCUGCAGGAACCUGGAGUAUUCCCACAGGAGGUGGCUGAUAGACUGCUUCAGACCAUGGCUUUUCAUGGUCUACUGAAUGAUGGAACUGUGGGUAUUUUUAGGGGCAACCAGAUGCGCUUAAAGCGAGCUUGCAUUCGCAAAGCAAAGAUCUCUGCUGUUGCUUUCCGGAAAGCCUUCUGCCACCACAAGUUAGUGGAACUUGAUGCCACGGGUGUGAAUGCUGAUAUCACAAUUACAGACAUUAUCAGUGGGCUUGGCAGUAACAAAUGGAUCCAGCAAAAUCUCCAGUGCCUAGUGCUGAAUUCAUUAACUCUCUCCCUUGAGGAUCCUUACGAGCGGUGCUUCAGCCGGCUUUCUGGCCUUCGAGCUUUAAGCAUCACCAAUGUUCUCUUUUAUAAUGAAGACCUGGCUGAAGUUGCCUCAUUGCCAAGGUUAGAGAGCCUGGAUAUUUCUAACACCUCGAUCACAGACAUCACUGCUUUGCUGGCCUGCAAAGACCGACUCAAAUCUUUAACCAUGCAUCACUUGAAAUGUUUAAAAAUGACAACUACCCAGAUACUGGAUGUUGUUCGGGAACUAAAACAUCUGAAUCAUCUUGAUAUCUCAGAUGAUAAACAGUUUACAUCAGAUAUAGCUCUUCGCUUACUAGAACAAAAAGAUAUCCUUCCCAACCUUGUCUCUCUGGAUGUUUCUGGGAGAAAGCAUGUGACAGAUAAAGCUGUUGAAGCCUUUAUACAACAGCGACCGAGCAUGCAGUUUGUAGGUUUGCUGGCCACUGACGCUGGUUAUUCUGAAUUCCUCACAGGCGAAGGACAUUUGAAGGUGUCUGGAGAAGCCAAUGAAACUCAGAUUGCAGAAGCAUUGAAGCGGUACAGUGAACGGGCAUUCUUUGUCCGGGAAGCUCUGUUUCAUCUUUUUAGUCUGACUCAUGUGAUGGAAAAAACAAAGCCAGAAAUUUUAAAGCUUGUGGUUACUGGGAUGAGAAACCACCCUAUGAAUUUGCCAGUACAACUGGCUGCAAGCGCCUGUGUAUUUAAUUUAACCAAACAGGACCUUGCUGCAGGAAUGCCUGUCCGACUUCUGGCGGAUGUGACCCACUUGCUGCUCAAAGCCAUGGAACAUUUCCCCAAUCACCAGCAGUUACAGAAGAAUUGCCUCCUUUCGCUUUGCAGUGACCGGAUCCUCCAAGAUGUUCCAUUUAACAGAUUUGAAGCAGCCAAGCUUGUCAUGCAGUGGCUCUGCAACCAUGAGGAUCAAAACAUGCAAAGGAUGGCAGUUGCUAUCAUUUCUAUCCUAGCUGCCAAGCUUUCUACAGAACAAACUGCACAACUUGGUGCUGAGCUCUUCAUUGUCAGACAACUUCUUCAAAUAGUGAAGCAGAAAACCAAUCAAAAUUCUGUGGACACUACAUUGAAGUUUACUUUGAGUGCACUUUGGAACCUCACAGAUGAAUCCCCAACCACAUGUAGGCACUUUAUUGAAAACCAAGGAUUAGAACUCUUCAUGAGGGUUCUAGAGUCUUUUCCAACUGAAUCAUCAAUUCAACAGAAAGUUCUAGGACUUUUGAAUAAUAUAGCUGAAGUACAAGAAUUGCAUUCUGAAUUAAUGUGGAAGGAUUUCAUAGACCACAUCAGUAGUCUCCUACACAGUGUUGAAGUAGAAGUCAGUUACUUUGCAGCUGGAAUUAUUGCCCAUUUAAUAUCAAGAGGUGAACAAGCUUGGACAUUGAGUCGUAGCCAGAGGAAUUCUCUCCUAGAUGAUUUGCAUUCAGCUAUUUUGAAAUGGCCAACUCCAGAGUGUGAGAUGGUAGCAUACAGGUCCUUUAAUCCAUUUUUCCCAUUACUUGGCUGUUUCACAACACCAGGAGUUCAGCUAUGGGCAGUUUGGGCCAUGCAACAUGUCUGCAGCAAGAAUCCUUCAAGAUAUUGCAGCAUGCUGAUUGAAGAAGGAGGAUUGCAGCAUUUAUACAACAUCAAAGAUCAUGACCAUACUGAUCCCCACGUCCAACAGAUUGCUGUGGCCAUUCUGGACAGCUUAGAAAAACAUAUUGUGCGCCAUGGGAGGCCUCCUCCCUCUAAAAAGCAGUCCCAGGCCAGACUAAAUUGAUAGCCAUACGUAAUUAGAUAGUUGAAUCAUGGGCAUCCAUUUUGUGAUUGGUCCAUUUGAAAUAUUUUACCCCCUGUGAUGUUUUGGAGGUUUCUAUGACAAGAGUUAUAAGAUCAGUUUGGAAUUAAUAAUGUACAGUACUGCCCAUGUGAACAGUCUCUAAUUUGUCUUGUGAUUUUUAACUUAUGAGGCAAGAAGGGUCUCUUCCUUUAUCAUUGCCUUUUAGAAAAUUUUCCACACCUUUCAGUGUUUGAACUUACCUGUAUUUGAGAUUCUACAGUUUUAAGGUAAAGUUUGCACGAACCCUUAGGCCAGACUUUUCUGAUCUCAAAGUCCCUUCCAUUCAAUUUGCAGCUUCAGAUAAGCUGUCAACCUGAUUUCUGGCACUGCUUCAGUUGUAGAUUUUAUACUGCUUCUGUAUCAAAUGCCUUUAUUCUGUGUCCGUGCCCCUUUUAUAAGAUGUCCUUCUUAGUGUGAAAGAAUGGAAAUUAGAUUUGACUCCUCAUGGAAGCUACUCACUGGUAGGAACCUGGAUGGCUGGCAGAAAAAUAUAUUAGAAAGAAAAAUUGUUGGUGGCGCCUGUGGCUCAAGGAGUAGGGCACCGACCCCAUAUACCAGAGGUGGCGGGUUCAAGCCCAGCCCUGGCCAAAAACUGCAAAAAAAAAAAAAAAGAAAGAAAGAAAAACUGUUAAGGAAUGGGAAUUGCUUUUAUGGGGUAAUUUUUAAAAUGGGAUAGGCUAUCCUUCUGGACCCCACAGUGGUCAGAAAAUUGUUCUCCAUAUUUAUGCCUGGAAGCAUAGGCUGCUACUUCCUACACAGACUGCUGGUUACUCUGCAGAAAUUUCCCCAAGUAUCACAGUGUACAAUAUUAGAGCAUUCUGUGUUAAAAACUUUCCAAGUCUACAUGUGAUACUGUGAAAAUAUGAAUUUGUAAAAAACUUCCCCUGUUUAAAACUUACCGUCAUUUUCCUUCUAUUCUGAAGUCAUUUUCCUUCAGUGGAACAGAGACUACAACAUAGUGUUAACCUGCUCAGUUAAAAUACAAUUGACAAUAGUAAAUUUUGCCAUAAAAAGUUAAAUGUUUUGUUCAUGAUAUGUACAUGUUACUAAUAUGUUCAUGUUGAAGAAGGAGAUCCACAUCUCACUGCCAAAAUGAAAAGAGAAUUAGACUAUUGUUAAAUGGCUAUAUGUAAUGAUUCUACUUCCAGUGUACAACAGGAAAUAAUUUUGAGGGAUUAUCUUUUAGAUAAUUACCUCUCCUUUAAGUUACCUGAUACAGUAUAGUAAAGAAUCAGUUGUCAUUAAAUCAAUAAUAGCAGUUAGGAGAUAGCAAGUCACCAAGAAACUUAAUUUCCU